GUUGGAUUCCCUAUAUAUACGGUAUCGCCCCCGCGCUAGCCCCCCCCCCCAGACUCCUCAUCGCAUCUCGAUCUCUCUCCUCCUUCCCCAAAUCCACCUCCGGCGAUGGCGGCCCUGGCCUGCUCCCCCGCGGACCUCCUCCCCCUCCUCGGCGGCAACGCCACCUCCGCCGCCGCCGAGUACAUCUGCGGGCGCUUCGAUGCGGUCUCGAGCAAGUUCGUGGACACGGGCUACGCUGUGGACAACACCUACCUCCUCUUCUCCACGUACCUCGUCUUCUCCAUGCAGAUCGGGUUCGCCAUGCUCUGCGCGGGCUCGGUCCGCGCCAAGAACACCAUGAACAUCAUGCUCACCAACGUCCUCGACGCCGCGACCGGCAGCUUCUUCUACUACCUCUUCGGGUUCGCCCUGGCCUUCGGGACCCCCUCCAACGGCUUCAUCGGGCAGCACUUCUUCGGCCUCUCCAAGUUCCCUUCCCAGUCUUUCGAUUACGGGUUCUUCUUGUUCCAGUGGGCCUUCGCCAUUGCAGCCGCUGGAAUCACGAGCGGAUCCAUCGCGGAGCGCACGCAGUUCGGCGCGUAUCUGAUCUAUUCCUCGUUCUUGACGGGCUUGGUGUAUCCAAUUGCCUCUCAUUGGUUUUGGUCUGCGGACGGCUGGGCAAGCCCGGCGCGAGCGGAUAAUCUGUUGUUUGGAUCUGGAGUUAUUGACUUUGCCGGGUCGGGGGUGGUCCACAUGGUCGGCGGCAUCGCUGGCCUUUGGGGAGCCCUCAUUGAAGGCCCGCGUAUCGGCCGCUUUGAUCAUUCUGGUAAGCCGGUGACCCUCCGUGGCCACAGCGCCACAUUGGUGGUCCUCGGCACGUUCCUCCUGUGGUUCGGAUGGUACGGCUUCAACCCCGGUUCGUUCCUCAACAUCCUAAAGGCCUACGGAGUGAGUGGCUCCUACUACGGCCAGUGGAGCGCCAUCGGGAGGACUGCCGUCACCACCACCCUCGCAGGAAGCACCGCCGCCCUCACCACCCUCUUUGGCAAGAGGGUGCUCGUUGGCCACUGGAAUGUCACCGACGUGUGCAACGGCCUCCUCGGCGGAUUUGCCGCCAUCACCGCCGGCUGUGCCGUGGUCGACCCCUGGGCCGCCAUACUCUGUGGGUUUGUUGCGGCGUGGGUCCUCAUCGGGUUCAACAAGCUGGCGGAGAAACUCAAGUACGAUGACCCGCUGGAGGCAGCGCAGCUUCAUGGCGGCUGCGGCGCAUGGGGUCUUCUGUUCACCGGACUGUUCGCGAAGCAGGCCUACGUGAACGAAGUGUACCCAGGGGUGGAGAACAGGCCAUACGGGCUCUUCAUGGGCGGCGGGGGAGGCCUGCUGGCGGCGCAGGUGGUGCAGAUCCUGGUGGUGGCAGCAUGGACGAGCGUGACGAUGGGGACGCUCUUCUUCAUCCUGCACAAGAUGAAGCUCCUGAGGAUCUCGCACGAGGAGGAGGUCGCUGGCAUGGACCUCACCAGCCACGGAGGGCUUGCCUAUGAGUUCGAGGCUGAAGAGAAGAAGGAGAUUUCAUUCUGAGCGAAGAUGAAGAUUCCGAGCGUGGGCGUCUCGAUGCCAAGAGAAUUUGUCUCCUCUGCUCCAGACGAUUGACGGAUGUUACUUAGCGGUAAAGCUUCCAUGUACAUUCAUCUGUCCAGAGCUAGCGCUGUUCCAUUGCUAUUCCUUUGUAUGUACAUGUCUUGCUGGGUUUUGCGGAAAAAAACGUCAUGCCUAUGGAUAUUUUCUCAGUUCUUCACCAA